AUGGCUGAUCCAUCGUCCAAGGCCAUCAUGUCGGCCGAAGACCGUGCAGCGAAAUUGAGAUUCGCUGAAGCCGAAAGACAAUACGGACGUGGCAAAGCAGCCUCAACGAAGAACGUCCGCGACAAGAAGCUCCGUGCCACACUGAAAGCGCAGGAAGCCAAGCAGAAGCAGGCCAUUCUACAGGCAAAGGAUGCGGAGAUUCUGCUAGAGCAUGAUGCGGGAUUCCUCGAGCCUGAAGGUGAACUCGAGAAGACAUACAAAGUACGACAGGAUGAGAUCCAGCAAAGUAUUGGAAUCGAGACGGCGAAGAAAGGCUUUGAGCUCCGGCUCAAUGACUUCGGUCCCUACCGUAUGGACUACAGUCGGAACGGUCGCAAUCUUUUACUGGCGGGACGGAAGGGUCAUGUUGCGACAAUGGACUGGCGUGAUGGGACAUUGGGCUGUGAGCUGAAUCUGAAUGAGACGGUUCGGGAUGCGCGCUGGUUGCACAAUAAUCAGUUCUUUGCGGUUGCGCAGAAAAAAUACGUCUACAUCUAUGAUCACCAAGGUGUUGAGUUGCACUGCUUGAAUAAGCAUCUGGAGCCGCUCUUCCUCGAAUUCUUGCCUUACCACUUCUUGCUUGCCAGUGCUCAAAUCAGUGGUUAUCUUAAAUAUACCGAUACCUCGACCGGUCAGACAGUUGCUGAACUUCCUACUCGCCUUGGACGCCCAACCGCCCUCUGCCAGAACCCAUCCAAUGCUAUCCUCCACACUGGACACCAGAACGGAACCGUGACCUUAUGGUCGCCCAACUCCCAGACCGCCCUUGUCAAGGCUCUCGUGCACCGUGGACCUGUUCGAUCCAUGGCCAUCGACCGUCUGGGCCGUUACAUGGUCUCAACCGGCCAAGACCAGAGGAUGAAUAUCUGGGAUAUCCGUAUGUUCCGCGAGGUCCACUCAUACUCAUGCUACCAGCCCGGUGCAUCUGUGUCAAUCAGUGACCGCAAUCUCGUGGCCGUUGGCUGGGGUACACAAGCCAGCGUCUGGCGCGGGCUUUUCGACGCCGCCCAAGAAGACCAAGGCAAGGUGAACAGCCCCUACAUGGCCUGGGGUGGCGAUGGCCAGCGUAUCGAGAACCUACGCUGGUGCCCAUACGAGGAUGUGCUCGGUGUAGGCCACGACCAAGGUUUCGCCAGUAUCCUCGUCCCCGGCGCCGGAGAACCCAACUUCGACUCACUGGAAGCCAACCCUUACGAGAAUGUCAAGCAGCGACAGGAGGCUGAGGUCCACGCUCUGCUUACCAAGUUGCAGCCGGAUAUGAUCUCCCUGGAUCCUAAUGUUAUUGGUCGUCUUGAUACUAUCAAUGACAAGAAGGUGCAAGAGCAGAAGAACACCGAUGCUCGCCCUGAGGAUACGAUGGAGAAGAUUAAGAACCGUGGUCGUGGUCGUAACAGUGCUCUGCGCAAGUAUCUUCGCAAGAAGGGUCGUACCAACGUUAUCGAUGAGAAGCGGGUUAAGGCCGAGACAUUGCGCAAGGAACAUGCUGAGCGCCACAAGGAGAAGCUCAAGCGGGAGCGCGACGAUCUGGGACCUGCUCUUGCUCGCUUUGCCAAGAGGGAUUAA